AUGGCCAUGUGGACAAAUUCUGCAGCCAAAGUAACAGAGUUCGGAUGGAAAUCAAUGCCUAACCUACCUGAUGCCGACAAUAUCCAGGAAAGUAAACAGAAGCCUUCGGAAAUCGGUGAUUUCCCUAGUUUGCAGGUGCACGAAAGGGCUGUAUCGUGUCCUAACAUGGUCUUGCUUAAAAAUUCUGUAGCUGAAGAGACCGGGUGCAAGUCUACUCCCAAUAUAAUACUGCCGGCUGUCGACGAUAUCCGGGAAAAUGGACAGAAACCUUUGGAAAACUGCGAUUUCCAUAGUCUGCCGGUGCACUGCAAGAGAUCUAUGUCAUUGCCCAAUAUGACCGUGGGUGCAAAUUGCAGUGGCGAUGCACCCGAAAUUGGAUAG